AUCCCUUUUGCUGCGUGACUUGCCAAUUAAUAUAAUUGUAGCCAAAGUUAAAUUAAAAGGCAAAAAAAUUAAUUGACUUGCACACGCUGUGAAUACGCUAUAAAAAACACACAUAAUCAUAAUCAAAUAUCAACGACUGAAUUUUUUUUUGACCGCACGAUGGGUUCUAUAAAUUGGGGAUCCAUUUCGGUGGGAGAAUCAGUAUCGUUUUGAGCCGCCAAACCAAAAAUGCUUUCGAGAUCGCCGCUAUUAUUGCUCGUUGUCGGGUUCUGCCUGAAUGCAGUCGCCUCGGCUGACGUGGACUGCACCAAGCGACCACCGUUUGUCAAUCCCAAAACCUGUUGUCCCAUGCCUGACUUCGUGACCGCCGAGUUGAAGGAAAAGUGCGCAAAGUUCGACAUGACUCCACCGCCGCCGACGGAUGGGGAUGCCAGUGGAUCCUUUGAGGGCAAGCGUCGCCAUCAUCAUCCGCAUCCGCCACCAUGCUUGUUCUCCUGCAUCUUUAACGAAACUGGCAUCUAUCAGAACCAGAAGCUGGAUGAGGACAAGCUGAAGAGCUACUUGCAGGUGGUUUUCAAGGACAGUACCGAACUGCAGACCACGGCCACCCAGGCCUUCAGCACCUGUGUCACCAAAAUCGUGGAGUUCGAGGCCAAUUUACCUCCUCGUCCUGGUCCAUCUCCACCACCCGGCUUUCCUAUGUGUCCUCAUGAUGCUGGGCAUCUAAUGGGCUGUGUGUUCCGCAAUCUAAUGAAGAAUUGCCCAGACUCAAUUCGCAACGAUUCCCAGCAGUGCACUGACAUGAAAGAGUUCUUCACCAAGUGCAAGCCACCUCGUGGUCCUCCUCCUUCCGGCGAGGAUAUGUAAGGCCCCCAAGAAUCCAUUUUUGUGUGAAAGCCCGCAAUGAAUUUACCUCUACCCAGCUGAACUUUUAAUAUCCUUCAAUUUAAGCCAAUAAACAUUUAA